CCCCAGCUGCUCCUCCUCGAGGACCGUCCGGCGCGUCACGUGAAGAGUCGGCGGCGCUGGCGGUUGCCGUCAGCUGAUUCCCCGGCUUGGUGGCAGUGGCAGCGGCAGCGGCGGCGAUGGACUUUCUCCUGGGGAACCCCUUCAGCUCUCCAGUGGGACAGCGCAUCGAGAAAGCUACCGAUGGCUCCCUGCAGAGCGAGGACUGGGCGCUCAACAUGGAGAUCUGUGACAUCAUCAACGAGACUGAGGAAGGUCCCAAAGAUGCCUGCCGAGCAGUGAAGAAGAGAAUCGUGGGGAAUAAGAACUUCCACGAGGUGAUGUUGGCUCUCACGGUCUUGGAAACUUGCGUCAAGAACUGUGGGCACCGCUUCCAUGUGCUGGUGGCCAGCCAGGACUUCGUGGAGGGCGUACUGGUGAGGACCAUCCUGCCCAAGAACAACCCGCCCACCAUCGUGCACGACAAGGUGCUCAACCUCAUCCAGUCCUGGGCUGACGCGUUCCGCAGCUCCCCCGACUUGACAGGUGUGGUCGCCGUCUAUGAGGACCUGCGGAGGAAGGGCCUGGAGUUCCCCAUGACCGACCUGGACAUGCUGUCGCCCAUCCACACACCCCAGAGGACCGUGUUCAGCUCAGAGACACCAUCAGGACAGAAUUCUGUGGGCACCGACACUAGUCAUCGAGGGGACUCCAGCCAACACACCGCUCCUCUGCCUGCCUCAGUCCUGCUCCCCAGCGACACACCUAUAGUGCCGACCCCUGAGCAGAUCGGGAAGCUGCGCAGCGAGCUCGAGCUGGUGAGCGGGAACGUGCGGGUGAUGUCCGAGAUGCUGACAGAGCUGGUGCCCACCCAGGCGGAACCUGCGGACCUGGAGCUGCUCCAGGAGCUCAACCGGACGUGCCGGGCCAUGCAGCAGCGGGUGCUGGAGCUCAUCCCCCGAGUCGCCAACGAGCAGCUGACCGAGGAGCUGCUCAUCGUCAACGACAACCUCAACAACGUGUUCCUGCGCCACGAGCGGUUUGAACGGUUCCGAACUGGCCAGGCCGCUAAGGCCCCGAGCGAGGCCGAGGCAGCAGCUGACCUGAUCGACAUGGGCCCUGACCCAGCAGCCACCGGCAGCCUCUCAUCCCAGCUGGCAGGAAUGAACCUGGGCUCCAGCAGCGUGAGGGCCGGCCUGCAGUCUCUGGAGGCCUCCGGCCGACUGGAAGAUGAGUUUGACAUGUUUGCGCUGACGCGGGGCAGCUCGCUGGCUGACCAACGCAAAGAGGUGAAAUACGAAGCCCCCCAAGCAACAGAUGGCCUGGCUGGAGCCCUGGAUGCCCGGCAGCAGAGCACUGGAGCGAUGGGAGGCAGCAGUGAGAAGAGCCUCAGUGACUGGAUGGUGAGACAAGGCAUGAUCCCCGUCACCCAGGCCUGCCUCAUGGAGGACAUCGAGCAGUGGCUGUCCACUGACGUGGGGAAUGAUGCGGAGGAGUCCAAGGGUGUCACCAGUGAAGAAUUUGACAAGUUCCUGGAGGAAAGGGCCAAAGUGGCCGAUCGUCUGCCCAACCUCUCCAGCCCCUCGGCCGAAGGUCCCCCGGGCCCCCCUCCUGGCACCGCCCCUCGAAAGAAGACCCAGGAGAAAGACGACGACAUGCUGUUUGCCUUAUGAGCGUGGGGCCUGGCGCCCUGCUCCCCAAGCCCUUGCUGCUCCCACACCUCACCUGUGGUGGGGCCUCUCCCUCCCUCGGUGUUCAGGCUGCUUUGGGGAUGGCUUGUAUGCGCUGCUCUCCCCCUUGAGGUUGGGCCAUACCUGGGGAUGUGGAGGCAGCCGGCUGAAUGGGGGGCGGGGGAAGGCAGGGCAAUUCUAUGUUGGGAUCCUGGACGCUCCUGCCUCCCUCCCUCACCCCCAGCCGAGCACUACAACUUUGCUGAGAACCAGGAGGUCCCGGCACAGACAGGCUGGCUGCUUAGUUGCCCCAGCGUGACUCCCCUUGUCCUGGGUGAUCCUUUCCCUGGACCUACCCCCAGAGGAGCCCUCUUGAGAGCCCACACUGCCAGUCGAGGCCUGGCUGGAGGCUGGAGACAGCAGAAGCUUCCGUCCCAGCCUCGGGUCCAUUCCCCGGCCCCUGGCUUGGAGCCCAAAGGCUUUGGCCAGCUGUUGAGGGAAGAGUAUGUGGUCCUCUGCUGAGCGCACACUGUCCAGGUAUGAAGCUGCACGUGGUUGGGGGAGACCUCACCAUCCCAGGCCGCAAGAGGAGGCUUCUGGGGAUGCCUGGAGCACCUGUGGCCCCCACGACCUCCUCCACUGCCUUUCCCUCCGUCCGUCCUCUGUUCCACCCCGGUGGGCUCCACCGGGCAUGGGGCCUACCUACCUGUUGGUUGAUCCUCUUGUACUGGGAGAGGUGCCUUUUGUAUCCCCAAUUAAAGGUAGAGAACCAC